AUGGAAGAGAAAACAAAGUAGGAAGAAGAACCCUAUCAACUCCAGAGCUGUCGUACUCAAUCUGUGUCUCUCCCAAGGGCAGUGCAUUCCAAGUCUUGGCUUCUUGGGCCCAUAACCUCUCGAAGAUCCAGUCUUGUUCGACAUGCGCUCCUCGUAUUUCAUAUCUACUCACUCGCAAAUUAUAUCGAGUUGCUCGUUGUAGAAGGGAGAAGAAUCCAAGGAAAAAGUCCACCCAGUCGUUGAAGAAAUGGGUGGCGGCAAUGGCAAGCGCAGGUGGAGAAUUUCCUUCCAUCGUUCUUCUUCGUCCUCUGAUUCCAAGCUCGACGCAAAGCAACCCCCGAAGGAGUUUCUAUGUCCAAUUUCUGGGAUUUUCAUGUCCGACCCUGUUGUUGUCGCUUCGGGUCACACAUUCGAACGUGUUGCCGUUCAAGUAUGCAGAGAUUUGAACUUCUCCCCCAAACUCGAAGACGGGUCGCGGCCCGAUUUCUCCACAAUCAUUCCUAAUUUGGCCAUAAGAAAUACCAUCUCUAAUUGGUGCAAAAACUCCGGCAUGGAACUCCCUCGCGUGCUUGAAUAUAGUUCUGUCGAGAGGGUUGUACGCGUAUCAAUGGCGUCCCAGCAGGAAUCGCCAGAUUUAAGGGUUUCGGAGAUGGAAUUGUUGAAGGCAGUGGCGGACAACCCGCCGGUGUUUUUCUCCCACGCCGCCACUGAGUUGGGUCCUCGAGUUAACCACUUCGAUUCGUGCUCGUCGGAGGAAUCGGUAAUCAUCGUGCCCAGUCCCGGCACGCCCCUGCAUCUAACCACUCGUCCAACCUGUUACUCUUCAUCGUCGUCUUCUUCCGUAACCGUCGAAUCGGAAUUUCAAAACCCUAAUGGCCCAAUUUCCGAAGAAGAGGACAAAUUAGUCUCGAAGCUGAGGAGCAGUGAGAUUUUCGAGCAGGAAGAAGCCGUUAAAUCACUGAGAAGCAUCACGAGGAACAGAGAGAACACCCGAAUUUCUCUCUGCACUCCCCAAUUGCUCUCCGCCCUACGAUCUUUGAUCGCCUCGAGGUACUCCGUUGUUCAAGUAAACGCCGUCGCUUCGCUGGUCAAUCUCUCCCUCGAGAAAUCCAACAAGGUGAAGAUCGUACGGUUGGGAUUCGUCCCCUAUCUCAUUGACGUCUUGAAGGGGGGAUCCGAUGAAUCGCAGGAACACGCAGCCGGUGCCCUCUUCAGCUUAGCCUUAGACGACGACAACAAAAUGGCCAUCGGAGUUCUCGGCGCGUUGCAGCCCCUCAUGCACGCGCUGAGAUCGGAGUCCGAGCGUACCCAACAGGACUCUGCACUCGCGAUGUACCACCUGACAUUGGUCCAAAGCAAUCGGGUCAAGCUCGUAAGGCUCGGGGCAGUUCCGACCCUACUCGCGAUGUUGAAAUCAGGUAAAUUGACGAGCCGGGUGUUGCUAAUUCUUUGUAAUCUAGCCGUGUGUCCGGAGGGCCAAUCGGCGAUGCUGGACGGGAAUGCAGUAGACUGCUUAGUGAGUUUAUUAAAGGAGAAAGAGUUGGACUCGGAAUCGACUCGUGAGAACUGUGUUGCUGCGUUGUAUGCGCUUGGCCAUGGAAGCUUGAGGUUCAGGGCAGUGGCGAAGGAGGCAAGGGUUAUGGAGGUGUUGAAGGAGAUUGAAGAGAGUGGUACAGAGAGAGCCAGGGAGAAAGCGAAGAGGAUAGUGCAGAUGAUGCGGGCAGGAGGAGAAGACGGCGAAGAUGGAAACGGGUCGAAUUUUGAUUUGGACUCGGGCGGGUUGAACCGGAAUCGGUUCCGGGGGAGAAAUAUCAACGUUGCGAACUCAACUGCAUUUUAGAUAUGAUGAUUCUGCUGGGUAUAGUUCUGAUUCCGUCCUGUUGGUGGUGAACAGUUGAAUUUGUUGGUUUAAGCAUUGGAAAGUUGUAAUUAUUGGUGAAAUGUAUGAUGGGUUGUGAGGAGGAAGAUAAUAUAUCUGAGAUGGUGUAAAUUGAUUUGUUGAUUUAGCUUGUAAUUAGAAUUAGAAUUUGUGAGCGUACAUGAGUAGAAGACAUAUUGGUAGACAACACCAAAAAUUGGUCGUUUGUGAAUGUGUUGUUUUAUCAUGGAGGUCAUUCAUGUGGCCUUUCUUCUUAUCUCAGUUUGGACGCAAAACCAUUCAAGAAUCUAUGGCCUAUUGGUAUCCAAUUCAUGAUACUUGAUUCAAAUGAAGCAGAGAUUCCAAAGGUUCAACAGAGGAGACAGCACCGAGAGAAGAUUAAAACGUGGCCAGAUAAGGAAUUAGAAAGGACACGUUAGGAAACCAAUCUGAUACGCCAAAUCAGGAAAUGAAAUUGUAACCAUGUCCGGCUAGAGUGCUGGCCUGAGACUGAGCAUUUACAAUUUGUGAGUUUGACUGUUGGCAAUUGACAAAACAGUACUGUCAUAUAGUAGUCAAAUUAUAAUCGUCUUUUCAAACUAUGUGCAUGGCUUCUUGAGUCAAAAAAGGGGCCGUGGAUGAGAACGGAAUGAUGGACAGUGUUUUUCUUGGAUA